AUGAAGAAAUUGAAUCAUGAUUUUGUGUGUGAUGUAUGUGAAAACCUCAUCAUUUUGCUUGUAACUCGGGAAGAAUCUGAAAAAGCCGAAACGCAAUCAAUUAAUUGCUGCGGUCAAACAUUAAAAAUAGAUACAAAUAGAUCCUCUAACGACAACAACGAUGAUGACAAUGUGGCUAUUGUCUUAGUUUCUGAAAAAUUUACUAUAAAAAAGAAAGAAUUAACCGAAUACCACCGUGCUUUGAAGCUAAAGGGGGCGAUCAAUAUGGAGCCUAUGGAUUCAACUGAUAUGAAGCUGAAAAGGAAACAUGUUGAGAUCCAGUCUACUGAUGCCGAAGAUAAUGAGCCACUGUCAUUUGCAUCUCCGAUUAAGUCGAAUGAUCAUGAGAGGUACUCUGACAAGUCUAAUGAUAAGGUGUCGGAUGAUUAUACAAAAAAAUAUAAUCGGAACGAGACAUAUGACUACAAGAUUGGCGAUGAAGAAUAUGACCCUGAUAAUGACCAUAUAUGCAAAAGAUUCUCUGGAUUAUCUAACCUUUAA